UGGGCAGGAAGGAAGUCACCAUGGGGACUUUUUGACGCUCGCAGCCACCUACGCAACCCAGAAAGUGCAGCCCCACCCAGGACGGAGCACGCAGCGCCAGUGUGGCCACCGGGACAGCGCAGCGCCCACCAUGGCCCCGCUGGGCGAGGAGACGCCGCUGAUCGGGGAGCGCUCCUGCAGCCUGUCCUCCUCGGAGCCCGGCACGCUGCAGGUGUACCUUUAUCACCGGGCACCCUGCAACCCCCCCGACUCCACCUCCGUCCUCACAUUCACCUUCGGCGAGUACACGGCCGAGGAGCUGUGCGUGCGCGCUGCCAAGGCCUGCGGCGUGCUGCCCAUCUGCCACCCUCUCUUCGCGCUGGCCACGGAGGAUCUCAGCUGCUGGUACCCCCCCAACCACCUCUUCAUGGUGGAGGAUGCCCGCAGCCAGGUGGUGGUGUAUAGGAUCAGAUUCUUCUUCCCCAACUGGUGUGGACUGGGCCAGGCGCACCGCUACCAGCUGCCCAGUGACCGCCCCAGCCCCGUGCUGGACUACCCCGUCAUCGAUUACAUGUUUGCCCAGACCCGCAGUGACUUCAUCGCGGGGCGCAUGGGGCUGGCGCUGAGCCUGGCGGGGCAGGAGGAAUGCCUGAGCCUGGCAGUGCUGGACAUGCUGCGCAUCUCCAAGGAGAAGUGGCAGAGCCCCGAGCAGGUCUUCAGCUGCAUCAGCUACAAGUCCUGCAUCCCCGAGCCGCUGCGGUGCCAGAUCCAGCAGCACAGCUUCCUCACCCGCAAGCGCAUCCGCCGCCGCGUCGCGCAGUCCCUGCGCAGGAUGGGGGGCUGCCGGGCGGACGGGCGCUGCCUGAAGCUCAAGUACCUGCUGGACCUGGAGCGGCUGCAGCGUUGCUGGGCCGAGGAGAGCUUCCACGCACGCGGCCCCGACGCCGACAUCGCCAUCCACGUGUCCGCAGACAGCGGGGUCUCCUGGAGCUGCAGCGGAUCCGAGAGCCGCCAGCACUUCUGCGACUUCCCCGACAUCGCCGACGUCAGCAUCAAGCAGGCGAGCCGCGAUGGCAGCCCCGUGGAGAACCGCAUCGUCACCCUCACCAAGACGGACAACAGGGUGCUGGAGGUGGAGUUCCCCACGCUGCGGGAAGCGCUCUCCUUCGUGGCCCUGGUGGAUGGCUACUACCGCCUGACUGCGGACGCCCACCACUACUUCUGCAAGGAGGUGGCCCCCCCCCGGCUGCUUGAGGACGUGGAGAACCAGUGCCACGGGCCCAUCAGCUCUGAGUUCGCCGUGCACAAGCUGAAGGCGGCAGGGGCCCACCCGGGGCUGUUUGUGCUGCGCCGCAGCCCCCAGGACUUCGACAGCUACCUGCUGACCGUGUGCACCGAGACGCUCUCCGGGCGGGACUACAAGCGCUGCCUGAUCCGCAGGGAUGAGGACGGCAGCUUCUGGCUGAUGGGGCUGGCGCGGCGAUUCUGCAGCCUGCAGGAGCUGCUGGGCACCUACGGGCGCUGCGGGCUGCAGGCUGAGGGUGCCCACCUGCGCCUGGACACGUGCUGCCCGCCCCUGCCCCGAGAGAAGUCCAACCUGCUGAUCGUGCGCAGCGGCUGCCCCCGACCCCCCAACUCCCCCCCCGCCCCACGCCGCAGCCCCAGCCAGAUGACAUUCCACAAGAUCAACCCCGAGAACCUUAUCCAGGGCGAGAGCCUGGGGCAGGGCUCCUUCACCCACAUCUACAAGGGCAUCAAGCGGGACCAGAAGGACGACGAGUUCUACCAGACCCCGGUGGUGCUCAAGGUGAUGGACAGCAGCCACCGCAACUGCUCCGAGUCCUUCCUGGAGGCCGCCAGCAUCAUGAGCCAGCUGUCCCACAAGCACCUGGUGCUGCUGCACGGCGUCAGCCUCGGCAAGAACAGCAUCAUGGUGCAGGAGUACAUCAGGCACGGGCCCCUGGACCUCUACCUGAAGAAGAAUCACAGUGAGGGUAAGGUGACGACCAGCUGGAAGCUGCAGGUGGCCAAGCAGCUGGCGUACGCACUCAACUACCUGGAGGACAAGAAAAUCACCCACGGCAACGUCUCUGCUAAGAAGGUGCUGCUGACCAGGGAGGGGGACGCGGCCAGCGGCAGCCCCCCCUUCAUCAAGCUCAGUGACCCCGGUGUCAGCGUCACCGUCCUGGCCAAGGAGUUGCUGGUGGAGCGCAUCCCUUGGGUGGCCCCCGAGUGCCUGAGCGACCCCCAGAGCCUGGCACUGCCGGCCGACAAGUGGGGCUUUGGGGCGACAACGUGGGAGAUCUUCAGUGGAGGCAACAUGCCCGUCAGCCUGCUGGAGCCGCAGAAGAAGCUGCAGUUCUACGAGAGCCGCCUGCAGCUGCCCGCCCCGCGCUGGAGCGAGCUGGCCGCGCUCAUCGCGCAGUGCAUGCACUACGCGCCCGGCAGGCGGCCCUGCUUCCGCGCCGUCAUCCGCGACAUCAACAGCCUCAUCUCCUCCGACUACGAGCUGCUCUCGGAGCUGUCACCCACCGACGUGACACUGCGGGAGAGCUUCUGGGGGUACGAACACGUGGCGGUGGGGCACGGCCCCGCGCUGUUCGAGGAGCGGCACCUCAAGUACAUCUCACUGCUGGGCAAGGGCAACUUUGGGAGCGUGGAGCUGUGCCGCUACGACCCGCUGGGCGACAGCACGGGCGAGCUGGUGGCCGUGAAGAAGCUGCAGCAGGAUUCGGCCAAGGAGCUGCAGGACUUCGAGAGGGAGAUCCAGAUCCUGCACUCGCUGCAGCACGACUUCAUCGUCAAGUACCGGGGCGUCUGCUACAGCCGCGGUGAGCGGGAGGAGGUGUACGCGGUGAUGCUGAGCUGCUGGGCAUUUGCCCCCGGUGCCAGACCCACAUUCAGCGAGCUGGCAGCCAGGGUCGAGGCGCUGCGGGAUGGCCGCGGCACUGCCCGUGGGUAG